AUGUCGUUCCCAGAACUCCAGGAUAGGCCGAUCAAGGAGACAAUAUGCCUCUUCGACGUGGAUGGCACUGUCACACCCGCUCGUCAAUCAGCCUCGCCAGAAAUGCUUAAACUGCUGCUCCAGCUGAGGGAGAAGUGUGCAAUUGGUUUCGUCGGAGGCUCAGACCUCGUCAAGCAACAAGAACAACUAGGAACCCCCUCAGUCCCAGUAACCAGCCUCUUCGACUUCUGCUUCGCAGAAAACGGCCUGACCGCAUACCGAUUAGGUCAACCUCUCGAGUCCACCUCCUUCCUUAAGCACCUCGGUGAACCAAACUACCAGAAACUUGCAAAAUUCGUGUUGCGGUAUAUCUCCGAGCUCGAGGGGCUACCGGCCAUGCGAGGGACGUUUAUUGAGUUCAGAAAUGGCAUGAUCAAUGUUUCUCCUGUGGGAAGGAAUGCGAGCAAGCAAGAGAGGGACGAGUUUGAGGCUUGGGAUAAGGGAACUGGGUGCAGAGCCAAGUUUGUCGAGGUGCUUAAGAAGGAGUUUGCUGAUCUUGGAUUGACCUACUCAAUCGGCGGCCAAAUCUCCUUCGACGUCUUCCCCACCGGCUGGGACAAGACCUACGCCCUCCGACACGUCGAAGCCGAGAAACAGGUAUCCGGCAUCGACUACAAGCACAUCCACUUCUUCGGCGACAAGUCCUUCAAGGGCGGUAACGACUACGAGAUCUACUCGGAUGAAAGAACAAUUGGCCAUGCGGUCAAGGGACCAGAGGAUACGAUGAAGAUUGUCAGGGAGACGUUUGGGCUGUAG